AUGUCGUUCUACCCGGGGGCGGCCGAGAGGCUGGUGCUGGAGGCAGUGGCUCGCCUCGCGGCGGGCCGAAUAAGAUGUAGACCCUGUUCCAGCAAAGACACACCACAUGACCAGUGUUUCUCCUUACAGGAGGCACUGUCAGUGGUGAGUGAAGACCAGUCCUUAUUUGAGCCAGCGUACGCUGCCGCUGCCCCUCUCCCCAAGACAGACAUGACUGCAUCUGGCGCGCAGGACUUUGGCCAGACUCACAAAAUCAACCCGUUACCCCCACAGCAGGAGUGGAUCAACCAACCAGUACGGGUCAACGUCAAGCGAGAAUAUGACCAUAUGAAUGGAUCGAGGGAGUCUCCAGUGGACUGCAGCGUGGGUAAAUGCAAUAAGCUAGUGGGGAGUAACGACACAUCUCAGAUCAACUAUGGAAAUUACAUGGACGAAAAGAACGCCCCUCCCCCCAACAUGACUACCAAUGAACGAAGAGUCAUUGUACCAGCUGAUCCUUCAUUGUGGUCACAGGACCACGUGCGCCAGUGGCUUGAGUGGGCCAUCAAGGAGUACGGCCUGUUGGAGAUCGACACAUCCAUGUUUCAAAACACGGAUGGAAAAGAGUUGUGCAAAAUGAGCAAGGACGACUUCCUCCGGCUCACCACCAUGUACAACGCAGAAGUUCUCCUCUCUCAUCUCAAUUACCUCAGGGAAAGUAGCUCAUCAUUAUCCUACAAUACACCAUCUCACACAGACCCAUCCCCACGUCUGGCUACCAAAGAAGACCCUACAUAUGAUGCUGUACGGCGGACGGGAUGGUCAAACAACAUGCAUAGUGCCAAAGUAUCACCAGUUGUUACUCAGAAUGUGACCAAGACUCCCGAGCAGCCCAGAGCUCAACCAGAUCCUUACCAGAUACUUGGUCCUACCAGUAGUCGUCUGGCCAAUCCCGGUUCAGGACAGAUCCAACUUUGGCAGUUCCUUUUGGAGCUCCUGUCCGACAGUGCCAAUGCUGGCUGCAUCACCUGGGAGGGAACCAACGGCGAGUUUAAAAUGACGGACCCGGACGAGGUGGCGCGACGAUGGGGCGAGCGCAAGAGCAAGCCCAACAUGAAUUAUGACAAACUGAGCCGUGCGCUGCGCUAUUACUAUGACAAAAACAUCAUGACAAAGGUGCACGGCAAACGUUAUGCCUAUAAAUUCGACUUCCAUGGCAUUGCCCAGGCGCUUCAGCCACAUCCCACUGAGUCCUCAAUGUACAAAUAUCCUUCGGACCUAGCCUAUGUGCCUUCUUAUCACAGCCACCAGCAGAAAGUCAACUUCGUUUCCCCUCACCCUCCGUCCAUGCCAGUUACCUCCUCCAACUUUUUCGGACCAACUGCUCCAUACUGGAGCUCACCCACUGCUGGUAUUUACCCCAGUCCGAACGUCCCUCGCCACCCGAGCACCCAUGUGCCUUCCCAUCUGGGCAGUUACUAUUAA